AUGUUUGCAGCUUUAUUAAUAUUAUUAAUAUUACCUAUUACUGAUAGAUCAAUAGUUAGAGGUAAUUCAUUUAAAGUAUUAUCUAAAAUAUCUUUCUAUUUAUUUGUCUUUAAUUUUAUAUUAUUAGGUAAUUUAGGUCAAGCACAUGUAGAAGUUCCUUUCAUUUUAUUAAGUCAAUAUGUUACUGCUUAUUACUUUAGUUAUUUCUUAAUUCUUGUACCAGCUAUUUCUAGUAUUGAAAAUAUCCUUUUCUAUAUUGGUAAUAAAUAA